AUGCCGUGUUGCCAUAAGUAUCUCUUGCGAGCAUCGCUUCCUCUGCCAAAACUCAGCGAAAACAACGCUGCAUUUGUGAGCAAAUGCUCCCCCCGCCCGAAUCCGCGAAAUCAAAUUCGGCACGCGCGCCCGUCCCACGGACACGGACGUGCGCGACCACAUCUGAGUGGCGGCCGCGUCUCCGAAUGUAGCGUCGCAGGCUGUGUGGGGGUAUCAAAAAGGGGGAAAUCGAAAAUAUUGAAGGCCGAGAAGGGGUGGAACAGGCGGCGGGGUAGGGGUGGGCGGCACAAGGAGUGGUGGCCGAGCUGGGUUGGACGCGGGGCCGGCACUUACCGUUCUAGAUGUGCGGGUUCGACUCUGGCUCAGGCCGCUUUUUGGACGCGCUGUGGACAGUCCUUUUUCGCUGUCUUCGCACACUCAUUGUUCUCGCGGCUGUCAGUGUCAGAGCUCCCGCAAGAGACUAGCGAUGACUCGCGAAAACCCGGCUCGAAAAACACCAACGUCGCCUACCGGGUCUUCAGCAUGAAAACAACUCAUUGCUCUCCGAAUCGUCUACAAUUCUCAUAUCGAUCGAACGAUCUCGACGUCGAAUUCAGCUCGCAGCAGCUUGGCAUGACCUGCACUGAAGUCCAGACGGAUCGAGCUAGCCCAGGUUCUCCAGGACAGAGAGACGAUAAUGGGAAAAUGAUCGAGCUCGCCACACGAGCUUCGACUCAGAAGUCGACCUCCUCAAAAGCAAGAUCAAUGACACCGAGCGCGAGAGGCGUGAUCAGGCUGGUGUUGUCGACCUCUGAAAGAGGACAAGGAAGUCAGAUCGACCCGCAUAAACCUCAAGCAAGUCAGGCAGGAAUAUCAGUCCCUGGAAUCCCAACCACUACUACUACUAGGCUGAGCGCUGGCAAUGCCAGGCUGUCGACGGAGAAGGAGGAAUACAAGAGGAGACAAGUGGAGAGCGAACAAGAGCUCGGGAGGAACGUCGAGGGGCUGAAGAGGCUUGUGGCUGUCUUGGAGAGGAGGGACGAGGAGGCGAAGGGUGUCGUUAUUGAUGAUAGAGAUGGACGGUCGAAAGGCGAGAAGACGAACUCCUAUGUGAGGUGGAGCGCGAACCCAGAAGGCAGAGGCCUGAGGUUGCUAUGGGACUGGGCGUGUCACCUUCUAUGGGCUCGGUGCUUUGAACGCCGGCUCGACGAUCGCGAUGACCAGCAGGGCGCGGAAGGCGGGGAGAAUAUUCACGGAGGUGUCUGCAGACCAUGCCAGGCUUCAGGAUGCGUAUGCGCGCAAAUCCAGGGAGUACGAGAAUAUACGGAGAAGGCUCACAACGGGCUAUUGAACCAGAUCGAGGGCAGGAUUAUUCCACUGACAUAUGAUUGCAUGCUAUCAAGCAGGCGGACGACCUCGGACGCCAAGUCCGGUAACUCCUACGCCAGAAAGAGAGACUCGACCGCUGCAAGUCGAACGAUGCGGGAACUGGGGCACAACAAAAUCGGGGCAGGCGAGGAGCUAGAAGGGUUGAAGAGUCAGCUGGUGGAGGUGCAGAAGGAGUUUGGCACGUAUAGGACAGAGAUGGGUGAGGGAAGAGCCUGUGAGAGUCCAAAGGGAGAACGCGAACGAAACCGGACAACGGCGCUCGAUAUCGUGGUUUCAUCUCCAGACCGGCAUCGAAUGGCGAAAGAGCAGUACAGCGUUCAAGCCCACGAUAUGGACGAGCUUCUUGAAAGGCAUGAUAUUGUUUGCGAUAAGUCGACCCGUACAGAUGUGGAGUUCCCCAAAGCAACAGAGGAGCUUUCCGUCCUGGAGGGCGAGAUGGAGAUUAUGAGGAACGAAUGUAGGGAGCUCGAAGCCAAGGAACAUCAAUCGCGCCUGGACAAACAGCUGCAAGGUAACGAGGAGAAGUUAGCGAUUCAUGAGCGCAGAGGAUCCAUCGCAUCUUUGUCGGUGAUGGCUGGAGAUGGGGUUGUGCAUCAAGCUCCGGUGGACGAUGCGACGACGAAGGAGCAUGCUUCGCUGAAGGUUGCGGAGGUGGAUCUUGAGGAUGUGAGAAAGCAUUGGCGCGGCUCCAGGUCAUCAGUCAGGCAAGCGAGGCUCGUUGGGUUCCAACGAUAUCCUUCGCAGUCUUUCAAGACGACUGGUAUCACCGAGACAACUUUCAAGGCCGGCGAAUUGACUUACAAACAAUUCAAUGUCGGUGGUCAGUGGUCCAGGCGUAAGAAGUGGAAUUACUGUUUCGAGAACGUCACCGCUCUGGUCUUCCUGGUCUCGUUGAGCGAGUACGACCAGAUACUUUUUUCAUUCCUUUUCACACGGUUCCGCUCGAACCGUAUGCAAGAAGCUCUCAUCCUCUUUGACUCAAUACUCACCUCGCGGUGGUUCGUCAAGAUUAAGAUCAUCCUAUUCCUGAACAUUGUUGAUAUGGUUGCGGAGAAGCUGCCACGGUCACCACUCGGUGACGACUUCCCCGACUACACAGGACUACACUGA